AUGCCUCAGGCCUAUACGCCGGCCAGUCUCCGUACCCCCACUAUGCACCUCCCCGCUAUCGCGCCGUCCCGCACAACAGACCUAACACCGCCACAUCGCCCAUGCCCGGACAGGACUCCAGCGGAAUCGCUCCCGUCCACGAGCGCAGCCUCCGAUCGGCCGCGCAACCCGCCACACGACCACGUCGCGACUAUCCAGCUCGUCCCACAUAUCCGACUCGCUAUCGAGAACCAGCCCCCACACGACCUCGUCGCCAUCGCCCCGCCCACACGACCUUACGCUAAUCGCCCGCCCACCCUCACGACCCCAAAGCACUCGACACCGCAGCGAGCCCUUCGACGGGCACCGACCCUGGCGUCACUCGCCCCCACGUCCCCAACGCACUCAUCGCCGCCUCCGCAACGAUACGAAACGACUCUCGCUUCAUCCCUGCGCCGCCACACGCUCGCAACGACCUCCGCUAUCGCCCAGCCCCGGUCUACAUCGGAUUUCCGCUAG